GAGAAAAGAAAUAACAUGUUUUUCUUUUCUCCUUGCCAAGCGUCGCUUUUUUAUUUGCUUCGCUUCUUAAGAAAGAAAGAAAGAGUGUGUUUAAGAGGGAAGAUGAGAUUGGGAGAGGGCAGCAGAGCUUGGCAUCCCCGAGUGCCACAUUUCCAUGGCCCUGGAGCAUCCCAGGGACAGUGCCAUUCCCUGGGCAGCCUUCACCAGUGCCUGACCGCUGGUGAAGUAUAACACGAAUACAUCUUUUGCCCGUUUCUUGCAGAAUUCGCCCUAUAUUUAUAGCAAGAAAUGCCACAAGGUGUUACGGCAGGCAGAAAGGUUUGGGUCACGGCUCAAGCAGAUGCUCCACGCUGCACCUUUGCAUCAAAACCUUACAAAAAGAGGAUGCACUGUGGUUUUAUUGCAGUUUCCUGCUAUUAUGUGUGUAAGUGGUGAAAAUAGAGAUAAAAAGGACCACGGAUCGCCACGGCUGCAGGAUGGAGGGGAUGGCCCGGCAGAGCAGCGCUCCCUAUAGGGGCCCGCAGGAAAAAAAAAGAACAAACCACCACGAGUUGUUUUUAAAUCGUGCCGGCAGUGACACCUAGUGACUCCAAAACACCUGAAAACACCCCAAAAUUAUACAUCCCUCCUUCCCAUACCCAGACAGAUCUGGGAUGAAGGCAAGCAAGCGUGAAUGAGAGAGCGAUGCGAUGCUGCUAAACGCGGCGUUUGCGUGGAUUUUAGGCGUUUGCGGGGGAAUAGCGAGGCGCGUGUUAAUGUGCUGGGGGAAUUUUUAAAUUAUUUUUGUGGAAAAUAAAGGCAGUUUGCGGAGGUGCCCAAGGGGUGAGGGAGCCAAGAUGGCCGCCCGCCCUGUGGGCUGAGGGGUGGCGGGAGCGGACCCCGGGAGCUGUGUGGGGAGGGGCGGCCAUCUUCCAGCCGGGCAGCGGCGGGAGAGAGGGAGAAAGAGGAAAAGGAGGAGGAGAAGGAGGAGGAGGAGGAAGAAGCAGCACUGCCCGCCCCCGUGGGUCAGAGCGUGGAAGUCGCCGCCCGAAGAUGGCCGCCGCGGCGGGGGACGCGCGCGGAGCGGCGCUGGGAGCCCGGCCGGGGCUCGGGGCUGCGGCCGCAGCCGAAGCGCGGUUCAUCAGCAGCGCUAAGGGGAAGGGGCUGUUCGCCACUCGGAGCAUCCGCAAAGGGGAGGCGGUGUUCGUGGAGAAGCCGGUGGUUUCGUCGCAGUUCCUCUGGAACGCGCUGUACAACUACCGAGCCUGUGAUCACUGCCUGCGGGCUUUGGAGACAGCAGAGGAGAAUGCCCAGCGACUGCUGGGGAGGAGCUCUCUGGUGUUGCCUCACCCAGAGCAGUGCAGCAUCCGCAAAGACCUGCACCAGCAGUGUCCUCGCUGCCAGGUGACAUACUGCAGUGCUGAGUGCAGGCAGGCUGCUUUGGAGCAGUACCACCAAGUCCUCUGCCUUGGUCCGUCUCGUGAUGACCCCACGCACCCCCUCAACAAGCUGCAGGAGGCAUGGAGAAACAUGCAUUAUCCACCAGAGACUUCCAGCAUCAUGCUGAUGGCCCGGAUGGUUGCCACUGUCAAACAGGCUAAAGACAAGGACUGGUGGAUCAAGGCCUUUUCCCAGUUCUGCAGUAAGACAGCGAACGAAGAGGAGGAGAUUGCACACAAGCUACUGGGGGACAAAUUUAAGGGCCAGCUGGAGCUGCUGCGUUUGCUCUUCACUGAAGCCCUUUACGAUGAACAACUCAGCAGGUGGUUCACUCCAGAAGGCUUUCGAUCUCUCUUUGCUCUCGUUGGGACCAAUGGCCAAGGCAUAGGAACCAGCUCUCUGAGCCAGUGGGUGCAUGCUUGUGAUGCACUAGAUCUCCCCAUGCUGCAACGAGAGGAGCUGGACGCCUUCAUUGACCAGCUCUACAAGGACAUUGAGAAGGAAUCUGGAGAGUUCCUCAACUGUGAGGGGUCAGGUCUCUACAUGCUCCAGAGCUGCUGUAACCACAGCUGCAUCCCCAAUGCUGAGACAUCCUUCCCAGACAACAACUUCCUUUUGCAUCUUACUGCUCUGGAGGACAUCGAAGCAGGAGAGGAAAUCUGCAUCAGUUAUUUAGACUGCUGUCAGAGGGAGCGGAGCAGACACAGCCGCAACAAGAUACUCAGGGAGAACUACUUGUUUACCUGCUCGUGUCCAAAGUGCCUAGCACAAGCUGAUGACCCCGAUGUGACAUCGGACGAAGAGGAGGAGGCUGAAGGGGAGACGGAUGAUGCUGAGCUGGAGGAUGAGAUGACUGAUGUUUGAUCUUGGCCUUGGGCGAGAGUAAAGGGAUGGGAUGGGACCGGGGAGGUCCUCCCAGAGGCAGCAGCUUUAAUACUAGAAACAGGGUUGUGUUGUGGGGUUGGGUGGGAGGCUGUGUGCCGGCAGAGGUCUGGCAGAGUGGGGCAGCAGGGGGAGCUGGAGGCAGGCCCUGCUUCCACCUGCCCUUGUGCUCUGUGUGUGUGUGCGUGCGUGUGUUUACCAGCCCAUCCAUUUCUCCCUUGUGAGGUUUUGAGCCAGCAGCCCCCCUGCCAUAUCCCAGACCCCAGGGGGCCAGCUGGUGCUUGUAGGGGAAGCUGAAGGAGGGCAGGGCCCUGGGCUGGGGUAAGGGAUGUGGUAGUGGUUCAUGGUGUGGCCACCUCCGAGGCUCCUCCUGUGUCAGUGCUGGCCAUGGGUGUGGAGGAGCAUGUCCUUUCCUACACUGCAGGGAUGAGGGGAAUAUGUGUGUGUACGUGUGUUUGUGCACGAGGGGUACUAUUUAAUGUCUAUAUUAGCACUAUCUACACACCAAGGAGCUGGGGUCCUUAUAUAUACUCCAUUCCAUGCCUUGACUUGGUGAGCAGCAAGCGAGGGUCAGAAUGAUUUUGCAGGUGGGACAGAGAUGCCUCAGGGGUGGCUCAGAUGCCAGAAUCUAGCAGGGAGAGAGGGGCUGACCCUGGUAGGGAUCUCCAUCCUGCCUCAACUUUAUCCUUGAUAUAAUGCAAAGCCCCAUGCAGUGAUUGCUGGGCUGUUUGGGGAGGGGAAAGUGCCACACUGCUAGCACAAACCCGACACAGACUAUCACGUUGCAUAAGCAAAGCCACCUCCAAAUCCCAAAAACUUUUGGGUUUUGCAGAGUGAACUCCCCAGCUUGGGCUACACUGGGAGAACUCGUACGAGUGGCAGCUGUUGUGCUUCCACAUGUGAAGCAGUUUGUCUGUCCACAGCACCCAGCAUGAAGAUGUCACUGGCAGCCAAGUGUCGCCCACCUUGCACUGCCAGCAACUGAUGCUGUGAGCAGCUCUGGGGUAUGCAGUGCUCAGCUGGAGGGAGAAGACAGCUCCAAAUGACAGACUGGCAGCAGGCUGGGGAAGCACCCAGGGUAUUUUUUUUUUUCCCAUCUUGGGUUUUGGGGAGCUGCUUUUCUGCCACAUUUCACUCGGGCCUGUGGGGUUUGAAUUGUGGGAAUGAAGGUGAUGCUGUGGAUGGGCACCUCUGACAUGACCAUCACUGCCAGCCCUGCACCCCGCUGCUUGUCCCCAGCCUCAGGUGUCCCAGGGCCACGUGCCCUUCAGUGUUCGUAAUAAACCGAGACUGGUGAGAA